ACAAAUGAAAUAGCGUCCUAUUACAGCGGGACUGCUGCGUCUAUUCAUCAAUCAAAAGAUUUUAGAAUUAUUCUAGAACGAGAACAUGAUUGUAUGAGUUUUGGAAGCGUGGUUCUUCGAUUUGUAAGUGAAAUUGGCAAUCCAUCCGGCCAAAAGAAGAUUGUAUGCGUUUCUUAACGAACUUUUGUCACAAUAUAUACAAUAUAUACUGUAGUUUCGUGAUCUAACUUGCAUUAUAAACAACUGUACGUGAACAUUAUUUUGCUAGAAAGGUGUAUGUUCUUUUGAGAAUACAAUGGUGAUGGAGGAAUCAGAUAUGGAAUUAGCUUCGGAAAGUAUACCGGUUCCUCAGAUACAGGAGCCAAUAGUUGAUACAGUUAAACGUAACAACAAGCCAGGCGUGUCGCGUGGUAAACCAAGGUUGAGAAAGAAGGCAUUGCAUGCCUCGAUACUUAAGCAAAUGGAGUUUUAUUUCAGUGACGCUAACUUGAACAAAGAUCGUUAUUUGUCAGGACUUUUGAAAGAAAAUCCUUAUGUGGAUCUUGAAGUUUUCACAAGAUUUAAUAAAUUGCGCGAGCUGACCACAGAUAUAAACAGGAUAGCUAAGGCUCUGCAGGGAUCGACUAUGUUGAAGGUAUCAGAGGAUGGUACAAAGGUCUGUCGAUUAACACCAAUUCAGAAGAAGAGAGAUAUUGAUCAGUGUACAAUUUAUGUACAAAAUUUACCUCCAGAUGCGGAUCACGAUUGGUUGAUAUCUAUUUUUUCUAAAUAUGGAUUAGUAGAAUAUGUCUCGAUUCCACGUUACAGAAGCAACAGGAAGAUAAAAGGAUUUGCAUUUGUGGAAUUUGAUAAGCCUAGUAGUGCUGAAGAAUGUAUUAAGACAUUCCGGAAAAAGAAAGGUGUCUUGCCAUCAUAUAUAUCUCCCAAUGAGUUAUUAAGUAUAACGACAUUUGAUGAACCUAAUAAAGAUGCAGUAAUUGAAGUAAUAAAUUCAAAAACUAAGACAAGAUUGAAAGAUAAUGAAAACGAAAAGGCAUCCAACGAAGAAGUGGGAAAUAUUGGCCGUAAAGAACUUCGUUUGAAGAGACUAACGACAGAAGAAGAAGAAACUGAGACUAAAGAUAACAUGUGUGAAAUAGAUAUAGAGGAUAAUACUAGCAAACAAAGUUCUAAAAAAAGAAAAUAUUCUUUGGAAAAAUCUAUUACAGACGAAAGCGAUGUUAAAGUUAAGAAAAAGAAAAAAGAAGCUGCUGAUCAAAAUAUAAUAGAUCAAGAUGAAGGAAAGAAAAUAUCAAAAUCUGAAUCUGAAGACAAGAAUAAUACUCUUGAUAAUGAAACAGAUGCGACAGAUAACAAUAGCAAACAAAAAUUAAAAAAAAGAAAAUAUUCUUCGGAAAAAUUGUUUAUUGCAGAUGAAAGUCAAGAAAAAGACAUUAAAGUCAAGAAAAAGAAAAAAGCCACAGAUCAAAAUAUAACGUAUCAACAGAAUGAAAAAGACAAAGUACUAAAAGAAGAAUCUAAAGAAAAGGAUAAUACUUGUGACAAUGAUGUAACAUAUAAUGAUAGACAAAGUUUAAAGAAAGAAAAAUAUGUCCUGGAAAAAUCGCUUGUUGUAGAUGAAAAUGAUGUUAAAAUGAAAAAAAGAAGAAAAACUGUAGAUCAAAGUACAAUAGAUCAGCAAGAUGAGAAAGAAAUGAUGCCAAAAGAAGAAUCUGAAGAUAAGAAUAAUGCCUACGAUGACGAAACAAAUACAGCAGGUAAUAAUGGUCGACAAAACUUAAAGAAAAGGAAACUUGCUCCAGAAAAAUCAUAUAUUGCAGACGAAAAGGACAGCAAAGUCACUGGAAAUAGUAUAGAAAAUCAAGAAAUUCCGAAUAAAAAUCGCAAUAAAGUUACAGAAAAAAAGAAGAGAAGACUUACAUUAAACGAUACAAUCACUACAGAAAAUAACGGUGAAGAAGCAGUAAAAAAGGAAUGUCAAAAAUCAGCGAUAAAUUCAAAUAAAAAUGAAACAACAGAAUUGGAAUAUCCACAUGAAGACGACAACGACGAGUCAAGUGCUUUAUUACAAACUGAAAAACAUUCCACAAGCGAUUUCGGCGCACGAAAUAGCGAUAUCGAGGAAACUAAUGAUGAAAGGAAGAAGAAAAAGAACAGAAAAAAGAGAAGUAAAAUUCAGGACAAUGAUAUUUGUAGUAAAAUAGGAUUGCAAAUAAUGGCAAAAUUAGAUUGGAAGCGUCUUAGAAAUAGAUAUUUAGAUUUGCAACGAUAUAAAAUGAAACAGCUAAAAAUGCAUUUGAGAAAAGCUGAAGUGGAACGAGACGGAAUUAUAAAAAAUGGAUACCAUGAUAAAACUGGACAGAUUAAUACAUUACAUGAUAAAUCAAAACAUGAAAACGAUAAUGAAACAUUUGAAGAAAAGUCUUGUGGACGCGUUAAUUAUGCGCCAGGAAUUAUAGUAAAAAUUGAAAUGGACGAGCCUUGCACAGAUACGCAAAGUUUCAAGAUGGAGUUAAAAGACAACAAUUCUGUAAAAUAUGUAGAUGUAAUAGUUGAUUCUUGUGAAGCCUAUAUAAGAUGCGAUACAGCAGAAGCUGCGCAAACAUUUGCGCAGCAGAAUUACGAAGGAAGACAUUUAACUAUUUUAGAAGGAGAUGAAGAAAAAUUGUAUUGGGACAAGAUAGCGGAAGAUAGGAUGGAAAAAUUGAGUAAAAAGAAAAGAGUCAAGCAAAGGGGGCGUGAUAAAUUGCUCAAACGAGCAGAGAAAGAACUUGGAAAAUGUAUAAAGUUUGAUCAAGAUUAACUUACGAUAUUAUUCAACUUUUUAUAAUUUCAGUUAAUUAAGUAUAUGUACACACAUACGUCCCAAAUAUGCACAUUCCGGUUGAAUACAUCCACUCACUUCGGCCGAUGUAACUUUUUCAGUGUACUACCAAUGAGAACAUAUUAUUUCGCUUUAGUCAGUUAACGAUGGGUUCGAUAGAGACGCUUGCUAUAAUACGAGAACAAUUUGAAAACUUCGCGAUCUAAUUCAUAAAGAUGCUGACAAAUCACUUUGUGGCGUGAUAAAACAAGCAUUGAUCCAUUCACAUACGCUUUAUGCUUGUGAAUCUAUAUUUGUUCGCACUAUAUAUUAAGCUCUUUCGCUUUCUCUCUUUUUUUCAACAUUUGAAUGCCAUAGAUUUUAUAUAACAUCGAUAUCACCAACAAGAUAUUAUUAAAGAUCGACAUCCUUACGGGAGUUCGCAUCCUUGUUAGUAUUGAAGUGAUUAAGAGUAAAAAACUGAUACUAUACUAAUUUUAUGAUUUAUUAAUUCUGUAGACGUGUUUAUCGAUGUACAUGCAUUUAAAGCUCAAUAAUAUUCGAUUUUUCUUUAAAAUGAUAAUUUCAGUGUUACCGUUAAAGUUUGAUUAUCAACAGAAGUAACUGUAGAGAAAAAAAUUGUAAUUUUUCGGCAAUAUAUAGGAUUAUAGCUUUACAAGUAUGCAUAUUUAUGGGGCAUUUAUGUAAUAUAAAAAUCAUGAAUUUAAUAAUAUAUUAAUAUUUAUAUUAAUAAUAGCAAAUUUAUAUCAAUUGACGAUAGUGUCAGCGUUCUUCAAUUACUUCCGAACCCUGGGGGCCCUUUUUAUAUCGCCGAAAAUUUGCCCAGGAUUGAUGGUUUUUAAUAGUAUUUCGUCAGUGUCAAUAGAUAACAUGGAGCUGAUUUUGAAGAGUUACUUUGAUUUUCUAACAUUCAAAUAAUAACAAUAAUAAAACUGUAAACAGUGAACGCAGGGCAAUAUGUAUCAAAGUUCUAUGGCCCUUAUAUGGUUUAUAGCUAAUAUCGUCCCUGAAUUCAAUCGUUCUAUUGGCUGCGUUUCAUUUAAUGCUCGCAAUGCUCGCGAGCAUCGUUUGUCCUUGUUUAACAUUUGAUAAACAACAAGGAUGAAAUAAUUCCACGAGCAUUAUGAGCGUUAAGUGGAACGCAGCCUAUAUCCACGCACAGUUUAAAUGCUAUGAAACAAAAAGGAGUAGGAAUGAUGUUGGCAAAAUCAGUCGAUAUGUGCAACCUGGCUCAGGUCUGAUAUUUAAGAUCAAUAUAUAAGAUUUAUGUUGAAUAUAUAGUGUUUUCUUUGACUGAAAUAGUAUACAUUUUUGGAACUUAAAAUAAGAUCAAUAUUUUUGAUAUUAAAUAUUUUUAAUAUUUCGCGAAAGCGAGAAAGAGUUUCAGUGCAGUCUAAUACUAUCGGUAUAUGUACAGUGUGUGCGUGUGUGUGUGUGUGUGUGUGUGUGUGUGUGUGCGCGCGCGCGUGUGUGUGUGUGUGUGUCUAAUAGAAAUAAGCAGAUCUUAAAUCUUGUCUAAGUGUAAACAUUUUUUGAAAAUUUCAUGUAACGCAAACAAACCUUAUAUGUUUCAAUGCAUAAAAGCAUUGUAUUAAAAUUGAGGCACAUCAAUUAGAAAAUGAAAGUAAUUUAAAACCUAAAAGUAUAUGCUUUUAUUGUUAGACUGCGAAGUUUUCAAAUUGUUCUCAUAUAAGUCCACAUAUAUUGUGUAUAUGUAUGUACAUGUAUAUAAAUAAUGGUAUUGCUAUUAGUACAUUGAAAUCAUUAAAGAAAAUUUGACAAGA